UCGCUUCGCUCAUUCGUACAGGAAAGCUCGUGACAAACGGACGUACUUUUCACUCGCUCCUUCUACGCCCGCUCGACUUUAUCGGUGGAUAGCAAAACCGAACCGUGAACUCGAAACAAUUUCUCCGACUUUGUGAAGGACUUUGACAAACUUUGAUCUGAUAGCUCCAGCAAUUGCCUAGAAGUGCGUGAGUGUGACAAAGUGCUUGUAAUAGGAAACGCAUUGCUAACCGGAAACUCGCUUAAAAUUGAAUCCCGCUGAAUAUAGUGAUUUGACAGUGCUUGACCCCCUUGUUGCAUAGAACCCCGCAGCCAGAAUGGAUAACUUUAAGAAGAAAGCGAACCGCCCCAAUUUGGAGUACACGCCCAUUCGACCGCAAUGGACCGGUUCGAGCAAGUCCGAAGUGAGCAACUACAUCUUCGGCAACAUGAAAGACAGCAUGUCGGACGUGGCGGCCCAGACGGUUGCCGGGUCCACGCUGCCCCUGGUCGGAAUGCCCCGUGAGGACGAAGAAGCCGGAUCGUACAAUCCGUUCGAAAACCGGAAGCUAUCGCAUCCCACCUCGGACACGGAGACCCUGGUCCAUCUGCUCAAAGGUUCCCUCGGCUCGGGAAUCCUGGCGAUGCCGUUGGCCUUCCUGCAUGCCGGUCUAUGGUUUGGACUGGGAGCUACCCUGGCCGUCGGUGCCAUCUGUACCUACUGUAUUCACAUUCUAGUUAAGUGUUCGCACAUCCUCUGCCGGAGAGCGCAGAUUCCCUCGCUAGGCUUUGCCGAUGUGGCAGAAACGGCUUUCCUUGCUGGACCCGAAGGAGUGAAAAAGUACUCGCGACUGGCACGGUUCAUUAUCAAUCUGUUCCUGGUACUGGAUCUGAUGGGAUGCUGCUGCAUCUACAUCGUGUUCGUCGCGACCAACGUCAAGCAAGUGGUGGACUACUACACCCACAGCCAUUAUGAUGUGCGGUAUUACAUUGUGCUGACGUUGUUCCCCCUGAUUUUAAUCAACUUGAUUAGGAAACUGAAAUACCUCACACCGUUCUCGAUGAUCGCAAACAUUCUCAUUGGAGCGGGCGUCGGUAUCACGCUGUACUACGUUAUGACGGAUCUGCCUGCAUUCUCGGACCGCAAGGCCAUUGCCGAUGUGCACCACAUGCCCAUGUUCUUCGGAACGGUGAUCUUCGCCCUGGAAGGAAUCGGUGUAGUGAUGUCGCUGGAGAACAACAUGAAGACACCGCAACACUUUAUCGGAUGCCCCGGAGUGCUGAACAUCGGAAUGGUGGUCGUUGUUGCCCUGUAUGCCGCUGUCGGUUUCCUCGGAUAUCUGAAGUACGGUGAAGAGACGAAGGGCAGUGUGACGCUGAAUUUGCCGGUGGAAGAUAUCUUGGCCCAAUUGGUGAAACUUAUGAUUGCUGUUGCCAUCUUCUUGACCUACUCGCUGCAGUUUUACGUCCCGAUGGAAAUCGUCUGGAAGAACGUGCAGCAUAACUUUAGCGAGCACAAGAAUGCAGCUGAAUAUGCAAUUCGAAUUGGAAUGGUGACCAUCACUGUGAUCAUCGCUGCUGCCCUACCCAACAUCGGUCCAUUCGUCACGCUGAUCGGCGCCGUCUGCCUCAGCACCCUCGGCAUGAUGUUCCCGGCCGUCAUCGAACUGGUCACCUUCUACGAGAAACCCGGCUACGGACGCUUCAACUGGGUCCUGUGGAAGAACAUCUUCCUGAUCCUGUUCGGCGUGGUUGGUUUCAUCACCGGUACCUACGUCAGUAUCGAGGAGUUCUCGCGGCAUCUGGAGGAAGUAUAAACAGCAUAACAAACACAACAAGACUUGGCCCCUAGGGCAUAUUGGGCGUACUUCCGAAUCCCACCCCACGAUUGUAGCAUUGAAUCGGGCACAGCGGGAUGGAAGUGUGCGCAGUAUAGGAUCGGAAGUGCACGUGGUGGUGUCCCGAAUUUCCUCCCCUUUUCUCCCGGGGUGUGACCCCGGGAAACAGAACCCACGCGAAACUGGUUCUCGAGUCCGGUCGAGCACGCAAACUCUGAACCCAGUUUCGACAGCUGGACAAUUCGGGGGUAUCAAAUGCACGUGUCACUUCUACCCAGUUGUGCUUCCUUUGUGGGAAGCGUUAAUUUAUUAUUUGUUCUCUAAAGGUUUAUUCAAAAUUGCUAGACUAACGUAGUUUGUUGAAUUGUUCUUCGAAUCAGAUUCGGAAUCGUUUUUGGUUUUCCUUCAAUAGCAUGCGUUCAUCGAAACCAUAUUUAAACAUAUUUAAAUUGCCCAUAGAAGAGAAUUUCAUUAGACCUAACGCUAUGAUGGCAGAGUUAUUUAGAUGUAGAACCGAAACUAUUGUGAUUUUGAACCUAUCUCUAAUAUUUUUUUUACCAUAAGACAAAACGAGUUUCUUAGAUUUAUAACUGCAAGUGCUAGUGAAAACAGAAAACAAUAAAAAAAGAAAACCUGAAGAAAGAUUUCUCGAAACUUUGAAAGACACAAAAUUGAGCAGCUCAAUCUGUCAGACAGAAAGAGACCAUAUCGAACAAAACCAAAUUACAAACCUACAAUGCGAUUGAAAUUGGAAAUAUGUGCAACACAUGAAAUUAUACACACUAAAAUCUAAAAUUCGAAGCUAAUGUCUUCCAUUUGCCAUCCAGCGGAAUUGCUUUGAGCAAGAACAAAUGAAUAAAAAAGCUUUAAAUUCUAAACCAGAUGCUGAACUCAUGAACUGUAAUGUUCCUAGUAUUUUAUACAAUGCUUUUAUCGUAUAAAAAGUCUGUGAACAUUAGGUUAACGGGGAAGUGGAUCUCCGCUUGAGGGCUGUUUACACAAAUAAACAAACAAACACAAAAAAAGAUGUAAAAUAUUUAAUAAAUCUAGGCGAAAGGAAACAGGACAGGACGUUUUGAGAAAGACUACAACACACAACAUGAAGCUAUAGCAGGUAGUAGGUUAAGUUAAGCUCACUGUUACGAUGUAAGAUAUAUUUGAAACCUAUUUGAAAAAGUGAUUGAUCUAAAUAAAACUAUGGUUCAAUAAA